AUGCUAAAUACUGAAGACGUCGAGAUUGCAGAAAUACCAGUUUAUCACCACGAGAGCGGAGAUUUGUUUGCGGAAGAUAUCGAGCAGCAUAUGGCCGUGCUACCAGAGAUGUCGGCGACUACAGAAGAAGUUACGAUUGAGGACAUUCAGAUCGGUGAUCCCGAUGUGCCUCUCACCACAGAUCAACAACGGCUCAGAUCGCUGAUCUGGAAGAGCCGUCACCUCCUCAUGGGUAAAGGUAAUGCUCUACCACCAGCAGCACGAGGCGCGAUCUGUGAUAUUGAUGUCGGUGGGGCAGCACCGAUAGUGCAAAGAGUGCGUCCGGUCGCACCCAAAUAUCGGGAGAAGCUGUCAGAUCUCAUCAAAGGACUAUUAGCAGCCAAAAUCGUUCAGCCAUCCACGUCACCUUGGGCGUCUCCGAUAGUGGUGAUCAUCAAGAAGAACGGAGUGGAUAUUCGCCUUUGCAUUGAUUAUCGAAGAGCUAACCAGCUGACGCGUCUGAUGGUUUAUCCCAUGCCGUUGAUCAGCGAUCUGUUGGAAGAUCUGGAUAAAGCUCUAUGGUACUGUUCGCUAGACAUGGCUAGUGGAUUUUGGGUCGUCGAAAUGACUGAACGAGCAAAACUGAUCUCAGCGUUUGUCACACCGUUUGGCUUGUUCGAGUGGCUGCGAAUGCCUUUUGGGCUUAAGAACGCGCCCCAGAUCUACCAACGUCUGGUGGACAAUGCGUUGUAUGGAUAUCUCAAGAUCGGCCAGAGAUCAGCUUCUGAUGGCCCGAUCGACGUGUUCAAAGAUGGAGAACCUGAGACAGAUCGACGACCGUCUAUACUGGGACGCCGAUCUUACAUUGACGAUAUUCUCAUACCAGCCACGUCAUGGGGAUCUUUGUACACAAAAGUAGAACGGUUGCUGGAGGCAUGUGAUAAGUGGAAUCUGUCUAUCAGCCUCACGAAGAGCUUUUGGGGGUGCCGUAAGGUCGAUUAUUUGGGACAUCGAGUGUCGAUGGAUGGUCUGGAGGCUCAGCCCAAGAACCUAGAGUCGUUGGUUAACAUCCCGUUUCCUAGCACGCUACGAGCUAUGCAAUCCUUUCUCGGGAGCUUGAACUACUACCGUCGCUUCAUUGAGGAUUUCGCGGUGUAUGCCGCGGUGUUGUAUGAGUUAAGAGAAUCGGAUUUCUUCGAGAUCGGCCGAUCUCAGCUUGCAGCAGGAGACGAAUGCUCCAACGAGGGUCGAUGGACGGAAGCCAAGGUUGCUUUCACUAUGCUAAAAGCUAAGAUAGCUACAGCUCCCAUGCUCAAGCAUUUCGACCCAGAUCGGUCCCCCGUAAUCGUGGUCUACGCUAGCAAGUGGGCUGUCUCAGCGGCCCUGAUACAGGAGUACGAUGGCGUGUACCAUCCGGUGACGUUUACUAGCCGCACUUUAAAGCCUAAUGAGCUUAACUACGGAAUGGUAGAAAAAGAAGUGCUGGCGCUACUUCGUGUGUUGGAUGUAUGCUAUACUACGCUUGCCUCGCGGGAGAUCACUGUACUGACCCGACAUUCUACGUUAGCCUGGUUGAUGCAGUCUCGAGGGCUCAAUGGGAGAUUAGGACGGUGGGCUGCUUUGUUGUCAAAUUGGACUAUGGAGGUGAAGAAAUGUGAAAGAGGAGAGGAAGAGAUCCUGGGCAUGUUAGCAGCGAGUAUCACUCCGAGAGGAGAAGUGGAAGAGAUGCUGAUUGCGAUCUCCCCACGAAAAGACUGUCGACUCAAAAUAUCGAUGUCUCCUCCAACGGUGGAAACAGAUGAGGAGUUGCUGGUGGCCAGUUUCGAUGGAUCGGCUAGGAUAAAAAAGAAAGGAGGGUCGUUCAGUGCCGUGAUAUGGAAGUUACCCGAAUGGACGAUCGUGGCGGCCGAAUCGAGAUAUGUUCACGAUCUGACUGUGAAUGAAGCUGAGUAUAAUGGCUUGCUACUGUGCUUUGAGUUACUCGCCGAUCUGGAUAGGGGGCGAGUAAUACUGUGUGGAGAUUCCAGUCUGGUGAUUCGACAGAUGCGCGGUGAGAUCGACUGCAAGGCACCGGGCCUUCAGCUUCUGAGACACAAAGCGUUGGAGAAGCUGCAGUCAUGGCCUAGUCACGAGUUUCUGCAUAUGAAGCGAGAGUGGAAUCAGAGCGCAGAUCGACUAGCCAGCACAGCAUUGCAGAGCGAAAAGGGAAGAACGGUUGUAGCUGAAGAGGAUCGGCAAGAUCUGAUGACUCUGAACCGUCUCGGUGAAUUGUUGAAGCCCAAGCAAGAUGGUCAGCUAGCUCGGGUAACUGCGAUCUCGAGAUCAGCCAGGAGGAUACGUCAUGAACCUGAAGUGAUACAGGAGGAGAUAGUACAGAGGAUCAGGAUUCAACGAAUUGUCCAAGCUCAAGAUGAAGAGCGUUGGAUUGUCAAUCUCAAGACAUAUCUAAGUGGCGAUGUAUUAAACUUGGAUGCAGUAGAAGUGAAGAUGUGCGCCAAACUGGCGCCGGAAUACGAGAUCGAUGAGAACAAUCUGCUAUUUUUUUGCCCCAUGGCGAAAAGAGAGUCGGAAGAUCGCGAUGGUUUGAUGCGGUUGGUGAUCCCGGAGACGUUGCAGCAGGAUUUUUGCAUCACUAUCACACGAGUCUGGAAGGAGGCCAUCAGGGUAUUGGCCGAACCUAUCAGAGGAUCAGAUAGCGAUUUCAUUGGAGAGGACUGUUUCGGAGCGUUUAACGAUAUGUGGGCGAAUGUACCGACUGUGAGACCGGGAAAGGAAACCCGAUGA